AGAAAAUUUAUAUUACAUCAGAAAUAUCAACUCAUCAUUCUCGAAUGUAAUCAAUCUAUCAGUUAUCUCUUGGUUAUAUAAAAAAAAAAAAAAAAAAAAAAAAAAAAAAAAUACAUUUAAUUAAUUGAGUCAUAUUAUUAAGUAUCAGUAUUUAAUUAGUGAGUUAAGUGGACUAAUACAACGAAUUAAUUAAAGUUUUUCCCAAUGCCAAAAAGUACCUUAUAUCCAAAUUCCAAAUUCCAAAUUCCAAAUUCUUUACUUUCCAUCUAAGUUUCCUCUGCUCCCUGUCCUUCUCUUUCUUUUCCUUCCAUUUCCUUGUAUCCAAACACGAAUCACCACCAACAUUUACCGUCCGAUUGACACACUCCCACAAUCGGAGCCCCCAAACCACCAAUGGCCACCAAAGCGCCACCUCUCCUCCUCCUAUUCACUCUGCUCCUCAUCACCACCCCACCCACCUCCCAUUCUCUCCUACUCUCCCAAUUCCAAACCCUCUUCUCGCUCGCCCACUCGCUCAUGUCCCGCGUGGCCAACCUCCGCGCCUCCCGCGGCGACCUCGCCGGCUCUGAACGGGCCAGAUUGAUCGCCCGCAAGCUCGAGCCGGGACUUGGGUUAGGGUUUUGGGGCGCGAUGGGGUCCAUGGGUUGGGACUACGUGAGGAACUACGCGUGGAGAGAUGUGGCCUCGUCUGAGCUGUUUGGAGCUGUGUCCGACAUGAACGAGUUGCUGAGGUCUCUGAACGGGUUGACUCGGAUGGAAUCGGAGAGGGAGAGAGCGGCGUGGGUUGGCGGAAAUUACAAAGCUGUCCUUAGGGCUUCGAACUCUCUCUUCCAGAGGCUUCUGAAAGUGUUUCGUCAAUCGGGACCGUUGAGGGAAAUGGUAAAGACAGUGCAAAAAGAGGUGGUGGAGGGUGAGUUAUUGAUGGACUGCCUGGAAUUGGGCAGCAAUGAUUUGAAGGGCUUAAUUCAAGUCUUCAGAGAUAUUGCUUUACAGUUCUCCUCUUCUUCUGACAGGACUGAUCUAUGAGGGAAGAAGAGUAAUGCUAUAAUGUCCGGUUGCAUUUUUGCGCGUCUCCAAUAGAUAGUGUCCAACGAGAACUGUUAGUCAGGAUGGACUUCGGUAACAAAAUCUGAUCGGAACUUUUAUCAAACCGGAUCUUAUUACUUGUAAUGUAAACAAACAUCAAAACAGAUCAAGCCUGAUUUUUUUUUUUGAGAUAGCUAGCUAUGUGUAAUUAGUUGUAUUUACAUUUUAGAAAUGGAUUGCUUUUAAGAUUUAUUUCCCAUAAUGUAAUUUAAGCAUGUGGUUUAGUUUC